GUUUUUAAUGUUUAGGAGGAUAAUGAUGAGAUUAGCAACAUUAUGAGUUUGUGUCUUAAUGCAAAUAAGAGGACUAUGUAGAAAUUAAAGAGAUUUUAAUACGCAUAUUCGUUGACUACAGGCCACAGUUGUCGAAUUUCUUUUUUUAUAAUGAGUAGAAUAUCCAGCAGUAUAGCAACAGAACUGCGCUCCAAGAGUCGGCUCAAGUCAAUUUCCCCUAAGGUAAAAAUAGAAUGCAUCUUCAGGAAGAUGAAUCAAAACAAACGGUGGCUCAUAGAAGUAAUUGACGAAUAUAUUAAAUGUAACCAAGAAGAGGAAAUCAAUAAGGAAUCGAUUAUAGAUUUGGACGCAAAUCUUUUAGACGCGAAGGAUAAAAUGACGCUGCUGUUACAUAAAUCUUACAGGACGAAUGAGGAGGUUGCGGCAAUUGCAGAGAAGUUAAAGUUCGUAUUGCCAUUCGUCAGAUAUCCAAUGUCUUUAAUGGAAGACCUGGUGAGGCAUGCGUACCUACAAGGAUACGAAGCGGGAAGAAUAUUGUACCUUCAGAACCAGACCUCCCUCUCAUCCUACUUCAUACUGAGUGGUGUUAUCGAAGUUGUUCCUGAGGAAAUUAAGGAUCCAGUUAUGGAGUUUCAAAAACUUAUCUUUAAUGCAUCGGAUUUUGAGAAGAUAAAGAAUGCUAAUAACCAUAUAUAUAGCCGUGGACAUAUGAUUGGUCGAAAGGAAUUACUAUUUGGUGAGCCUAGGAAACGUACAGCCUUUAUCAGACAGGAUUUGCUUUGCAUUAAAUUUGACAAAAAGUUCAUGCUCCAAACUCUCGAACCGGUACUUGAACAUUGGUAUGAAGUGUUCUCUUAUUUGGAAACAUUCGAUUUAUUCUAUUAUUUGGAUAAGGAUGCAAUGAGAGGACUUUGUAAAGUGGGAAGGAUUGUGAACUACCGUGUCAAUAAAUUAGUCAAUGCAACAGACACCAGUUGCUUCUUAAUCGAAGGGGAGGCUUACGUCAUCCAAAAGUUACUUAUUCAGAAUUAUCUGGAUAAAGGGAAGUGGUCUCUGAAGUUAUAUGAAGAUCAAGACGCAACUGAAUACGGCGAUGACGUUGAUUCAGUUUUUAUGCAAGUUAUGAUUUUAAAUAAUGGAGCGUAUUUCGGCUUAGGCGAGAGAAUGUCAAAACAUAUAAUUUGGACAAAAAUGCCUACAAAAUUUGUUCAAUUUUCUAGUAAAGAACUCUUUCAGUAUGGUGAUUCCUCAAUAUGGGAGAAUCAACAAAAUUAUCUCAAUGGAUUGUAUCCCACUACAGAACAACUUUUUAAAUAUUUCCUCUAUGGCAGGCAAUGGUCAAAGUACAAAAAAGAUCUCACAAAUCAAAUUAAGAGUAACAGAGAACAUAGCAUGGUCCACGAGGUCCCAUUGCCAUUGAGAUGUCAUCAUAUGAAGUUGAGCAAGAGCAGUAUGAAGAGGCUCGGUAUACCCGCCAUAGACGAUUAUCUCAAAGGCGGACUUGAUCCUCUGGCGGAUGAAAUGAAAAAACCCUACGUUUUGGACAAAAAUGGUGAUUUGAGGGAAAAGUUGUUCGGGCGGUUUAGGACUGAACCGCAUUACAAAUCAAAAGAGCUAGAAGCACACGAAGAAACCAAGAGACCAAAAGUAUAUGAUACUUUCCCAUCCUUUUUCUUUUACAAUGCACUCAAACAAGAGGGUUUCAUAAAUGAGGAUGAGGUUGUAAUCCCGCAAGCAAAACCAUGAUAUUUGUUGUUCAUUGUAAUAACAAGGGUGAUGUAUAGCCACAAUUAGCUAAAAAGUAGCUGCUAAUAAUGUAAGUAAAUUCGGAAAUUCUAAAUGCUGUUUAUUCAAAAGUAUUCAAUAGUUUACAACUCAUUGGAUGGUUAGAUGUUAAAUAGAUGAAUAAAAGAAAAUAAAUUAAAGUAAAUAGCUAUGUGAAUAAUAUCCUAAUACAAUACUAACGCUACUUCAAUAAUUUGAAAAAUAUUGGAAUAAAUAUAAGAAAACUAAAAAGCUCCAAUACAAAAAAUGUUAAAAAUAAAAUUAAAAUAAUAAUGCAAU